ACAGCCUUGGAGACUCUGCCACUGCCAUCUGGAGAGUUUUUAGCAACCACUGGAUUCCACAGAGGGCAAGUCCCUAAUUUCAGUGCACAGCGGCACGUCACAGCUCCAUUCUACUCCCCAUUCACCCCGGCAAGAUCUUCUAGUAUUUUGAGGACCGUCAGGAUGUGAGCUUGCCAAGAGAGAUGUUUGACCUUGAGGCCCAGCUCCAGAAAACAGACCUCCCUGAUGCCUCUCCCAACCGAAAACCUCACCGGCAGGAGGGCGGUUCCAGUCUGAGUAGUCUGGCCUGCCUUAAGGCCUCCGUGGCUGUGCUUUCUGCUACAUUUGAGCACAACUGAAUGAGACGUGUCCACAGCCACGCCCUUCCUGGUGCUGACUCAGCAUCCCCAGGGUUUAUACAGUGCGGGCAGGGAGUAGAAGGGGCCGGGGCCUCUUGGUGAGUGGGGUGAAGGUGGCAGCAGGAAGCCCGUGUCAGCCUCUGAUGUAACCCGGACUCCCCAGGACCCGUUUUCCUCUCUUCUCCCUGGGCCUGCCUGUGUCUGGACAAGUCACCAUGGACCCCUGAUGCCCAGAACAAUGUCCCCUUGGAAGGAAGAGUGCGUCUGCAUUCGGGAGCCACCCACCAGGCAGCUAGAAACAUCUGCCGCUAGUAGACUGGGAAACAGAAAGCAAGGACCCCUUCGGUGACAUUUUCCUGGGCGGAGGUGAAUCUCAGGGCCUGGGGGACCAUGUCCCUCAUCCCGUGGCUCCGGUGGAGUGACACCCCACCCCGGCUGUCAUCCCGGAGCCCAGCUGAGAUGGUGCUGGAGACACUCAUGAUGGAGCUGGCUGGGCAGAUUCGAGAGGUGGAGAGGCAGCAGAGGGAGCGUCGAAGAGCCGUCAGGAAGAUCUGCACGGGAGUGGACUACAGCUGGCUGGCCAGCGCGCCCAGGCCUUCCUAUGACCUCAGCCCUGGUGAGAGGCUGCAGUUGGAGGAUGUAUGUGCCAAGAUCCACCCAUCCUACUGUGGGCCUGCCAUCCUCAGGUUCAGACAGCUGCUGGCGGAGCGGGAGCCCGAGGUGCAGGAGGUGGCGCGGCUCUUCCGCUCCGUGCUGCAGGAGGCCCUGGAGAAGACGAAGCAGGAAGAGGAAGCCCAUAAACUGACCCGCCAGUGGAGUUUGAGACCCCGCGGCAGCCUGUCGUCCUUCAAGGCCCGUGCACGCAUCGCGCCCUUCGCCAGUGACAUCCGGACCAUCUCGGAGGACGUGGAGCGCGAUGCGCCACCCCCACCACGCACCUGGAGCAUGCCGGAGUUCAGGGCGCCCCAGGCCGACUGACCUCCCUGGUGUGUCACCUGCAGGAGGGAAUGACAGUGACCGGGUUGCUGGUGCUGGAACCUCCCCACCUACCGUGAACAGGAGACCCACCAUGCGGCUGCUGCUGGACUGCGGAGCCACCUACCCUGGUAGUGCACGCCUGCUUGGCUACAAGGAGGAGACUUGAGCCCUGUUCCUCCCCAGCAAGGUCUCCACUUGCCAGCCUGAUGCAGACACAAGGCCUGGUGUUGGAGCCGGCUCCUUCCCAUCCUCACCCCGACUUCCUAGGUGCCCCUUUUCUGAUGACCAGAUGAUACUCACUGCAGGGGAGCCACAGCCUGGGGCCCAGGACAACCGGUGGGGGCCAUAGAGACGGUUUCAGCUCACUCUUCAGCUAGUGAGUGAAAGAUGUAGCCUCCCAAGGGUCUCACUGCUUUUGCCUUAACUCUGAUCCCUCCAGUGUGGCAUUGUUCCUGCCUCUGAGUCCUUGAAUACUGGGUUAUGAUGGGACAGGACCAAAGACCACAUCUCCACCCACCUACCCCUUACCUAUCCCUUACCACCACGUGGGUUAGGGUGGGGCCAAGGCUGCUCUCCAAGAAUAGUAGCCAGGGGUAGUUAGGACGACCAUAACCCCUACAGUGUCAUCGCCUGGUGUGUGGCCAGGCCAGAUUCAGGGCGGCUGCUGAAGCAGAGGCUGCUGAAGAUGAGGCUUCUCACACCAGCUUUCUAGGAAGUGAGGUCACCUACGGUGCCUGAGCCAACCAGUCCCAAGCAGUGUCCUACAGCUUCACGCUCUAACUGGUGGUGCAUGUGUGGGUCACCUGCAGAAAAUCUGGAAGACCAGGUGCUCCCACAUGCUCUGGGGUAGAAGUGGGGUUCAGGGUAGAGAGUGUCUCCAGUUCCCAGUGCACACCCAGAAAACACGAGUGAACCUUAUAGUAAGUAGUCCGAAUAAGAUGCCAGGGGGAGGAAAUCACCCAGUAAUGCAUGGGAGGAAAUUACCUGGUAAUGCAUGCAGUCCCUGGCUCUGUCUGUCUGUCUCUCUGUCUCUGUCUCUCUCUGUCUCUCUCUUUCUCUGUCUCUGUCUCUUUCUCUCUCUGUCUCUGUCUCUCUCUCUCUCUGACUCUGUCUCUUUUUCUUUCUCUCUCUCUGUCUCUGUCUCUCUGUCUCUCUCUCUCUGUAUCCCCUUUCCUCUUUUCAACUUCAAGACAGGAUUUGACCCUUCUGGCUGGCCAAGUGGUUCUCCUGCCCCAGCCACCUGAGUGCCGAGGCCACAGAGUGAACACUCUUUUUUAAGUGAUCUGGUUUUGGGUUACCUCACUGGAAUCUGGAAAAAGCACCACAGGAUGCGCAGACCUCUUAUUCACCGUUGUCAGGAUGAAGGAGCUGAUUGUCUCAUUAAUGUAAUAAUUCCUUCCAAAUAAAAAAACACUUUAAACA